GUUACAGAAGGAGAUGGUGGAUUUGAUUUAUUACUUUCGUAUCAUGGAAAUCAGAUUUGCGUGCAGAUUAAAGAUAUAGAAAAACCUAUACUAUUAUCAAUGAUUAAGAAUUUUGAAGCUACGAUGAAUAAUUUUAAAGGCUCUUUAGGAAUUUUAGUCUAUAAUAGUAAGACUAUGAAGACAGAGAAUUUUUUAACAAAACAAGCUAAACUUUGGUUGGAAAAUACAUCUCAACAGAUAAUCGUUUGUAAUGAAGAAGAAGUUAUCAACGAAAUCAAGAAUUUUUUCAAAAAUGAUGAAGAACCAACAGAAUUACUAUUAACUGAUUUUAAAGCUGAAUCUUUUACUUUAAUGGGAAUU